AUGGCACCUAAGAAUUUGGCUGGAGACGACCAGAAACGUCAAGAUCUUGCGACCGUAGGAUCCUACAGUCCCCCGACUGCAAAUAACUCUUUGACUUUCGAGAUGGCGUCAUCUGCCGAAGAGGGCCUCUCUUCUAUGGAGAACUCGGACCGAAACAAGGACAUCGCGACUACCUUCCAGGCAUCCCGAGAAGCAAGUCAGCUGAUCCGUGACCUGACUCCCGCCUUGCUCACCUUGGGUGAUCGCAUCGACAACCUCAAUGAGAAGUACCAAAAGGUACACGAUCAGGUGGAGAGUGGCACCGACAAGCCGAAGGAGAUGGCUAAGGAAUCCGACGAGCUUGAGGAUUCUCCCCUCGCGCAAUCUGAGCACAAGAAGGCUAUCAUUCUCCGUCGUCUUGUUCUCGCGGGACUUAUCGUGUUUGGUCUCUUCGAUUUCUCCUUCUGCGAAGGUGGAAUGUCAGCUGAAGAAUGCGAGAUGGAGCUUCAAGUAUUUCUCAUCUAUACGGUGUUUAUCGUCGGUCCCGGCCUCAUAAUUCAUUCCAUGGGCCUAUUGCCGCAGUGA